CGGUUUCGGCUCCCGCAGCCGGAUGUCACAUACUCCGUUACUAACGUUCCCGUUUGACGUUUGCAACAAAACAUUAUGCAAACAAGGGAAAAUGACGUAUCAACGUACCAUAACUGCAGCUGUCACUUCAAGAGCGUGCGCAUGCGCAGCUUCUAGUCACGAUGUCAUUGGUUGUGAUGUUUUAGAUACGCCGGUUUUACCAACCAAUCAUCUAGUAGGGGCGGGAUUGAGAAUUCCUGUCAGCUUCCAUGGAUCCAGAGAUUUCCAUCCUCUACCGUAGCCCCUCCCCCCAGGGCCUGCCUGAACGGAGAGUGAAUGUCCAGUUAUCCCCUCUCUAUCAGCGGCGCCGGCUGCCCUCACCCCUGGAGGAGCAGAUCCUUCUUGACUGGGAAGAGCGUCAACGCAAGCAGCCUUGGGUCUUCAACGGGGCCAAAUUUAGACUCCAUUCUGUGCAUUCAGAGAAUUCAGUAGAAGAGAACAACAAGACAGAGACUAUAAACACAAAAGAGCCUGGAACGGGGAACAAAUAUCAAACUGAUGAUACCGGGAAGGGAGAAAACGUUAAACAAAAAAAUGAUGUCCAGGAAAUAACUAUUGAUAAGUCAAGAGAACUGGAGGGAGAGUGGAUACAAAAGGACGCUGAUGUAAGUGAGGGUGGAGGGCUCACACUUCAUCUGGCACUUACCUCCUACAGAGACUUCCUUGGUACUAACUGGUCGGGGGAGGCUAUAGCCUUACAGGAGAGAGGAGGGAGGGAGUAUGGAGACCCUCAGGCUUAUCUGGCCCAACCACUUGGUGUUGGAGCUGCUUUGGAAUGCAGUGAUGGACGCUUUGUGCUACUGAGAAGGAGCCACAUAGUCGGUGAAGCUCCAGGACAGUUGGAUGUACCGGGAGGACACCCAGAGCCCAAGGCUGUUGCACCCAAUGUUCCAGAGGACGAACUGUCCCUAGAAGUCCUUAAACCAGAAUUGGUCAUCAGAGAACUGUUCUCAUCAAUACUGGCAGAGAUAAGAGAUGAGGUUAACCUGCCGCUCUGGACGCUCAGUGACCCUCUGCUUUUGGGUAUUGCUCGUAAUCAUACCAGUGCAGGACGCCCUAGUGCCGAGUUUUAUGUCAGGUGCAGUCUGAGCUCCGAAGAGGUACAGCAGAGGUAUCUACAGGGGGGUGUGGAGGCGCAUGAGUCUACUGAGAUUAAAUUUAUUAGCAGAGAGGAGAUGCUGAAUCUGGAGAAAUCUGAGUUAUGGAAGGAGCUGUGUCCUUCAGCGAAGGGCUGUGUGAAACUUUACUUGUUAGUGCGAGAGCAGCAGUCCUAACGCAGACAAUUUAUACAGUGUCUCCCAAAACUCUUUACUCCGCAGUACACACUUUAACUUUCUUAAUCAUUAUGUACAUUAUUAUAAUUAUUAUUUUUGUAAUAAAGCAGUUUUUCCUUUA